AUGUGAUGGUUAAAAGGAACGACUUACGAAAAUGGAAGAGGCUGGGACGAGUUAGCGUCGUAUGUGACGUAGCACCAUUACACGAUGCCUCAUUCCCUCGCACGGUGCCUUACCACAUGCGAUGACGGUCAUAGUACACGGUUCUCUCACAGGCGAAAGGCCAUUGGUAGUAUCAUUUCAUCUACAUUCCUUGAUUCUUGAUCCACGCAUGCUACUUUCCGACUGCACUGUGCCAGAUGGGUGUGCUUCAGAGCGCGUUACAGCCCGCAGUGCAGCUCAGCCACGCUUGUUCCUGAUGGGCGCGUUCAGCCCGUCGGCCUCAACCCCAACUAUCAGUGCCAGCCUUGUGUCAUACGGCGUUUCAGGGACGGACUGCACGCUCCUCACGCUCAAUCUGAAUAUCCAUGAAUCCCACUCGCAGGUCAAGUUUCAUUACCAAUUUCGCGUUACUCAUAUUACUCUAGUCUGUUGGGCAGAUAUAUGUUGCGACAAGUUUUUCAGAUCGCGCCGUACCAUCGCUUUCACCUCCGACAAGCUUACAGGAUAUACCCCACGCUUGACCCUAUGUCCCACAGGCCGCCGGCACAUACGAUACCCAAAGAUACGAGGUAGGGUUAUUGGUGGCGCUCGGCCAGACCGAUGUGUCACAAUCAUGUAGACUUGUGCAGGAAGGCUGAGGCUUUGCCUUCUCAGCUUGGGGAACAAGGGUAGCCGAGGACAGGUACAGCACCCGUGGAUCAUCGACGCAUCUCUCGCUGGCAUAUACAACACCAUAGGAAUUUGUACCAUAUUAUUUAUACAUAGAUCGCGAUGCAACUGUGUCUCUAUCUUUGCACCCUACGGAUUGCAUCACUGGUCGUUGCGAAAUAUAUUCCCGAUCUGCAGGUACAGAGCACAAGAGUGCAGGCAACAAUAUCAGCGAGUGUUAUU